AUGUUAGGAAAAUUGCAGUUUGUUCAAAAUUUUACUUUUAUGGAAUCUAAGAUUCAUGAUUAUUCUACAUGGACUAAAGAUAAUUUGAUUAAAAAAAUUAUAUCAUUAGAACAUGAAAUUCUAUUGAAAAAUAAAAAAAAAAUUAACAUAAAACAAUUUAUUCCUAAAAAAUCAUAUUUAUAUAAUGAAAGUUCUAGGCCAACUAAAAAAUCUUUUUCUAUGUCAAAUUAUAACCAAAAGUAUAUUGCUUUCAAAUUUGCAUAUUUAGGAUGGUAUUAUAACGGACUCGUAACCCAAGGAAAUGAGACACAUCUUCCUACAGUAGAAGAAACUAUUUUUUUUGCUCUAAAAAAAGCAAAACUUAUUGAUCAGGAAAGCAAUUGUAACUUUUCGAGGUGUGGACGAACAGACAAAAGUGUUAGCGCUAUAGGCCAAGUAAUAGCACUUAAUGUAAGGAGUAAUAAAUCUUUUGAAAAAGAUUCAGAGAAAAAAUGUUGUGAAAUUAAAUAUAUAGAUGUUUUAAAUAGACUACUUCCGAAAACUAUUAGAAUAUUAGCAUGGUGUUCAGAUCUCCCCUCCGACUUUUCAGCUCGAUUUUCAUGUCAAAAAAGACAUUACAAAUAUUUAUUUUUUAAGAAUUCACCAGGUAUACAUCUUGAUAUAGAGAAAAUGUCGAAAGCUGCUGCUUAUUUUGUUGGAGAACAUGACUUUAGGAAUUUUUGUAAGCUAGAUUCAAGCAAAUCAAUAAAGAAUUUCAGGAGAACAAUAAUCAAAUCAGAAAUAAGCAAAUAUAAUGCAGAUGAAGAUGAUGAUCCUCUAUAUAUUUUUGAUUUAGAGGGUAGUGCUUUUUUAUGGCAUCAAGUGCGUUGUAUGAUUUCCAUUCUUUUUUUAGUUGGACAAAAUCUUGAAGAACCUGAGAUUGUAAAAACAUUAUUAGAUAUAUCUAAGACACCCAAGAAACCUAUAUAUAAUAUAGCAGAUGGUCUUCCUCUUAUACUUUAUGAUUGUCAUUUUGAAAAUCUUAAUUGGAAUUAUGGAUCAAACAGAAAUUUUAUUCAAAAUUUAUAUAAAAGUAUUUAUGAUUUAUGGCAUAUAACAAAAAUCCAGAAUUCUAUUAUUCAACUUCUUUUAAAAAACGUACAAAAUAACGAAGUUUUAGAUAAUAACAAUACAAAAAAAAUAUUAAUUAAAGAUGGAACCGGUAUCAAUCAAUCUUUAACGAAAUAUAUACAGAUGGAAAAUAGAAAGUGAUAGUGAAAUAUUUAAAAUAAAUAUCAAUAAAAACAACUAAUUUCAAUAAAUUAAAACAAUUUUAAUAUACAUGUGUUAUGCCUUUUUUUUUAUUACGAUAUUCGUCAUACCUCCCAUAUAUUUUUGCAAAACUCUAGGAAUCCUGAUACUUCCAUCAUCAUUUUGAUAUGUUUCCAAAAUUGCAAUGAUCAAUCGUGGUAUCGCUGCUAAAGUGCCAUUUAAUGUAUGAGGCCAACCUAAUUUAUCUCCUGGAUAGGCCAUAUAACGAGUAUUUAAUCUCUUAGUCUGAUAAUCUGUACAAUUAGAACAUGAUGUGACUUCUCCCCAUGCUCCUCGACCUGGCAUCCAAACUUCUAUAUCAUAUUUUCUAUAUGCAGAUGCUCCCAAUUCAAAUGUAGGCAUAUCCAAUAUUCUUGAUUUAUUAUUAAAUAUUAAUAUGCGUAUAUAAAUAUCUUUUACCUUCCAUACAAACCAAGCUCUUCUAUAAUAUUUUCUUCAAGAUUCAAAAUAUCCUCUAAAAUUUUAUCACUUUUUUUAGGAUCGCUCCAUGCAAACAAUUCUGCUUUUGUAAAUUCAUGUACUCGAUAUAAACCCUUUGAUUUUUUACCCCUUGAACCUGCUUCAGAUCUAUAAACACGACUAAUACCAACUACUUUUUUUGGUACAUCAGAACCCUUUAAAAUUUUAUUAAUUUCCAUGCCUGCUAUAGGAAUUUCUGAUGUCCCAGAAAGACAAUAUUUUAACUCUGUAUUAGGACUUUGUAAAAAAUAUAUUUGUUUAUCAUUAUAGUCAUCUCUAGGCUGAAACCCGCAAGCUGAAACAACUUCAGAACGAAUAAUAGUUGGUGGUAUAACGAGUUUCCAUCCAGCAUUUAUUGCUUUUUCUAAUACAUAAUUUAUAAGAGCCAAUUCCAUAAGCGCAGCCUCAUUCUUAAGAAAAUAAAAUGCAUGUCCCGACGUCUUAGAAGCUGAAUCAAAAUCAAUUAAUUCCAACAUAUCAGCAAUAACAGUAUGAUCUUUUGGUUUAGAUAUAAAGAAUUGUUUAUCCGAAUUAAUAUAUUUCACAAUUUUUGCAUUUUCUUCUGAACCUAUAGGAGAUAGCGGAUGAAUAUUAUUCGAUAUUUUCUUUUACUUUUUGCAGAUCUUUUUUAAUUUCAGAAGCAUGACGAAUAAAUCCUUGCUGAAAAAUAUCAUUUCCACUAGAAAUCUCCUGUUUAAUAGUAUUUGUUAGACAACGUCUUUGAUUUAACAAAUUAUCCCGUAAUUUUAUAUAUCCAAGAUAAGUUUGAUAUAAAUUGAUAAUUCGUGAAACGUUGUCAAAUGAAGCCUUAGAAUUCCUUUUUAAACAUAUAGAUUUUAUUUCAUCAGCAUUAUCCCUAAUAUACCUGUAAUCUAUACAAGCUCGAAAUAUUUUUUUGAUGCUUCGUCCAUACUUAAAAUAAUCAAUACAAUUAAUUUUUUCC